AGAAUCACGGUGCCAUUCCUGCACCCUUCCGGCUAGAGAUGGCUAGGAAACACUCAUGCUGGAGGAUUGAGCCCUGUGAAGGAGUGGUCCACCCUAAGUGUGAGGUGUUGGUGACUGUGACAGCAAGCCUGGAUGACGCUGUGGAAUUCAAGGACGAGGUGAAGGUGUUCAUUGAGAACAGCCGUACGACCAUCAUCCCUGUCCAGGCUGUGGGCAUUGGCACCACAAUUGUCACCGACAAAAAUCUGCAUCCGGAGCUCGACUUGAAGUCCCACUUCAGCUGCAGUCCCUGCAGUUACCAGUUCACGGUGACCAACCGAGGCCGCCGCGCCCAGCGGCUGCACUGGAGCACAGAAAGUUGUUCAAGGUGCGGCCGCUGCAGGUGGAGCUGA